AUGUGCUCCUGCGGCACCUCCGAGUUGACGCUCGAGCAGACCGGCGAGAAGUGCUGGAUCCAGCGGGCCUCCUUCACGCACGCUGAUCUGCACGACGAGCUGGUGAGCGAUCUCGUCGCGUUAAGCUCGCCAUUCGCGGGCUGCGGCGACGAGAGCGAGACGGUCUGCUACACAUUCCUGCUGCUCGGCGACCAGAAUGCGGGUAAGAGCACCUUCUUGCACGCGUUCACGAACGCAGGCGACAGCAGGCUGCCGGCGGGAACAGUGAAAAAAGAAACGAUGGUGGCAACUGUACGCCGUCAGUGA